AUGGCUGGAUCGAGCCGUGGCAGACGGACGCACUACCUUCCUGGUGUCGCCCGUGAGGAUUCCGACGACGAGCUGGGAACUGAAGACUAUCCGUGGGAAUGGAUAUACGAAGACAGAAAUCAAGCAGGCGAAGAGCCCGAGGCAUCCACAGAGAGUGGCAGGAAACGGAAACGGCCGGCGGCAGCGACACAGGAGCCCCAGAUCGUUGGCGCCCGCAUGGGCAGCUUCGAAUGCUACCUCGGCGAUACUGUGCUUCUAAAAGCUGAGGGAUCUCAUGAGGCGUGGGUUGGCAUAAUAUGCGACUUUCUCACGGACGAAGAUGGGGAGAAGGCUGCCAAUUUCAUGUGGUUUUCCUCACACCAAGAAAUCCGGAAUCCCAAGAAGCGCACUGACUAUCUCGAGAAUGAGCUGUAUAUUACAGCCACAUACGACAUCAACCCGCUCACCACCAUAAACGGCAAAGCCCACGUUAUGUCGCCAGCUGCCUUUCGGGAGAAGUACCCGACUGGCAAGGUGCCUCGGAAGGCCAAGGAGUAUGGCAAGGUGUUCAUCUGCCGCAGAGGCUGCAACACCAGAACAUGCACAUACACAGAAGAGUUCGUUUGGGAGGACAUAUACAGCGGUCGAGACGAUCUGGACCGUCUGCAGGACCUGAUCAAACGGGGCACCAAAGCAACUCGCAGGCGGAAAGCGGCAAAGGAGCCAUCUCCUGAGGGAGAUUACAACCUAGAGGGCGACGAAGAGCAAGAUGGAGAGUACUCUUCCGGACAACCACGAACGCCAAAAAGGCCGCGCACGCGGGAUGUCAUCACCCCCAGCAGCAAGCGCAAGCACCUUGGCAGCAAGCCUGCGACCCCCGGCUCACACCGUCGAGUGAUGGUUAAGAAGCACCUAGAGUUCACUCCUCUUGCUACCCGUGUUCUAUCUCCUCUCCACGUCCAGUCUUCCCCCUACCAACUGGCCCGUUCACAACUGCAUGUCGCAGCAGUGCCUGCCAGUCUGCCGUGCCGCGAGGCCGAGUUCAGUUUGGUCUACUCACACCUCGAGGCCGCCAUUACGGAGGGCACCGGUACUUGUAUCUACAUCUCUGGUACUCCUGGGACAGGGAAAACAGCAACUGUACGCGAGGUAGUGGCACAUCUGGAUGCCGCGGUCCGUGCCGACGAGCUCGACGACUUUAUAUUCGUUGAGAUCAAUGGCAUGAAGAUCACAGACCCGCACCAAGCAUACUCUCUUCUCUGGGAGGCACUCAAGGGCCAGCGAGUUAGCCCCGCUCAGGCAUUGGAUCUCCUCGAACGCGAGUUCAACCAUCCCUCGCCCCGGCGGGUUCCCUGCGUGGUGCUCAUGGAUGAGCUAGACCAGCUCGUGACCAAGAAUCAGGGCGUCAUGUACAAUUUCUUCAACUGGCCGGGGCUGCGCCAUAGUCGAUUGAUUGUGCUGGCGGUCGCCAACACCAUGGACCUGCCGGAGCGCACACUCAGCAACAAGAUUAGUUCGCGGCUGGGGCUAACGCGCAUUACAUUUCCAGGAUACAACCACGAACAGCUCAUGCGCAUCGUACAGAGCCGACUGGAGGGCGUUCCGGGAGAUAUUGUUGAUCCGGACGCGAUCCAGUUCGCUGCGCGCAAGGUCGCUGCCGUUAGCGGUGACGCCCGUCGUGCUCUAGAUAUCUGUCGGAGGGCUGUCGAACUCGCUGAAGCAGAUGCUGCAGCAGCCGCCGCCGCUCAGGGGGGAGAAGAGGAUGACACCGAUGCUCCUAAUACGCCGUCCAAGCGGAAGAACGACUCAACGGCCGCAGCUAGCACCUUGAACAAGCAGUCCAAGAAGAAGAACAGCCGCGGUCGGGUUACCAUCGAAACUGUGCGUCGCGCCAUCGCCGAAGCAACCAGCUCCCCGCUGCAACAGUAUCUUCGCGCGUUACCGUUUGCAGCACGCCUUUUGCUCUCGGCGCUGGUGCUGCGCAUGCAGCGCAGUGGGCUAGCUGAGAGCACGUUCGGCGAAGUGUUAGAUGAGAUGCAACGGGCCGUCAAGCUAGCGAUGGUUGCGGAUAGCAAGGCGUUGGGGGCGCUGCUAAAAGCUGCGACUUCAGCCGGUGGGGAGAGAGACUUGGCAAAUGGGCAUGUAGGGGGUUUGUUCUCCAGGGGGAAGAACAACGAUGGGAUGUAUCUCAGGCCAGCUGGGUUGAGUGCCGCGGCUGUUGAUUUGACUGGUGCCGGAAUCAUUAAUUUAGAGGGUCACAGAGCAGAACGACCAAGCAAGAUUCGGUUGGCGGUAGGGGAUGAGGAAGUGAGGUUAGCAUUCCGAGACGAUCCGGAAAUCAAGGCGUUGGGAAUUGCCUUAUAG